ACUUGAGCAGUUUGUGGAUUUUCCCUCUCUUUUCGCAUUUUGUCGAAGAAACUUUUCCUCGUGUCGAUCAGGUCAAUCAUCAAUCAUGGGAGACGUCGUUGCUGAUGCUUUGGAAAAGCUUUCUGCCGAUCAGAUCGAGCAAUUCCGUAAAUACUUUAACAUGUUCGAUAAAGAGGGAAAAGGAUAUAUUCGUGCUACCCAGGUCGGACAAAUCCUCCGUACCAUGGGACAAGCCUUCGAAGAGCGUGACUUGAAACAGCUCAUCAAGGAGUUCGAUGCUGAUGGUUCCGGAGAGAUUGAGUUCGAAGAGUUCGCCGCUAUGGUUGCCAACUUUGUUGUCAACAAUGAGAACGACGAAGGACUCGAGGAGGAGCUUCGCGAGGCUUUCCGUCUUUACGACAAAGAAGGAAACGGAUAUAUCAACGUCUCAGAUCUUCGUGACAUUCUCCGUGCUCUUGACGAUAAUGUUUCAGAGGAAGAGCUCGACGAAAUGAUUGCUGAAAUUGAUGCUGACGGUUCCGGAACUGUCGAUUUCGAUGAGUUCAUGGAAAUGAUGUCUGGAGAAUAAUUUUAAUUUUUAUCCUACCAAUGAUUUCUGACGGCGCCUUACCAUUCACUGACUUCCAAUAAUUCUUUUUGUAAAAAACAACAAAUCUUACAUUUUCAUGCUUUCAAUUUAUUUGAUAAAAGUUGAUAAAAAAAAUAAAAGAAAUCUCAAAAAAAUAUUGUAAAAAAAUUCCCAUGUAGUCGACCCUUUUGAUGUUAGAACAAGUAAUGAUUAAGAAUAAAAUUUAUAAAAUAAAAUUGAUCAUCAAUUUU